CUACCAACCAUGCCAUCAACGGUUCUUUGAAAUUAAAACGCCCCUCAUCCCCACCAACCAACACAUAGCAUGUUUGGUUCACAGUCUUUCUGAAACGUAGGAUUAACUUUGCCUUGGUCUGAAACAGAGUUUGGUUGGAAACAGAGCCACCCAAUAAUAAUUUCCCACAUACUAAAAACAAACCUUAACAUAAUCAACGUAGAAGUGUUCCAUGUUUUUCUAUUAUUCUUCUUCUUCUUCUUCUUCCUCUUCUUCUCCAACUCAAUGUACCACCAACCCAGAACCCGACAACUCAAACCCACUACCUUCUUCUCUUCUCUCUUCUGCCCAAAAUGCCCUCUCAACAACAACCUCCUUCUUCUCCUUCCCAAGCCCAACAAAAAGCCCACCAUCUCCGCCUCUCUGCCUACCGGGCCCGCCUCCGGGCCCGACCAGGCCCUAAUCUCCCUCCUCCGCUCCAUCCCGGACUGGGCCGACACGGUGCAGGAGCGCGGCAUGCAGAAGAAGCGCUCCCUCUACACCCACCUGAACUGGCGCGACCACCGCAGCUCUAUCCGCCACCUCCGUCACCUCCUCUCUAGCCUCUCCUCCCGCGUCAUCCUCUCCCUCGUACCCCCUGUCCUCUUCUUCACCGGCUUCGCCGCCGCCAUCGCCUCCUACAACCAAGCCCUAAUCCACCACAUCCUCCCCGACUUCCUCCCCCUCCUCCACUCCUCCUCCCUCCCCUACCAGCUCACCGCCCCCGCCCUCGCCCUCCUCCUUGUGUUCCGCACCGAAGCCUCCUACGCUCGUUUCGUCGAUGGCAAGAAGGCCUGGACCAACGUCAUCGCCGGUACCCACGAUUUCGCCAGACAAGCCGCCGCCUUCCUUGACGACGUCGAUAACGCCGACUUCUCCGUCAAGCACGCGCUUUUGCAGUACAUCAUCGCCUUCCCCAUUGCGCUUAAGUGCCACGUGCUGUAUGGUUCGGAUAUUAGGAGAGAUCUUCAGCAUUUGCUGGAAGUGGAUGAUCUAGCAGUGGUAAUGAAUUCAAAGCACCAGCCACGCUGCAUUAUUGAGUUUAUAUCGCAGAGCAUUCGGUUGCUGAAAUUGGAGGAGUCUAGAAGAAAUGUGCUGGAAUCAAAGAUCUCUUGUUUCCAUGAAGGAAUUGGCAUAUGUGAACAACUUAUGGGCAUUCCCAUUCCAUUAUCAUAUACUCGUUUGACAUCAAGGUUCCUUGUCCUGUGGCAUCUGACACUACCUAUCAUACUUUGGGACGAUUGUCAUUGGAUUGUGGUUCCUGCAACUUUUAUUAGCGCUGCCUCUUUGUUUUGCAUUGAAGAAGUUGGAGUUCUCAUUGAGGAGCCAUUUCCAAUGCUUGCACUUGAUGAACUAUGCCAAAAGGCACAGAAUGACAUCCAAGAAGCAAUUGCAACCGGGAAUUUAAUCCAUGCACGCUUUGUUGCUAAGAAAAAUAGCCACUCUGAAGAGCAUUCACCAAAUGGCUGGCCCAACUCCUAAAUGGAAAGGGGGAACUUUGCUAUGAAUGUCUUCAAUUUUUGCUGGAGGUGGCUCUGUACGUCCUGCUUGUUUAACCAAAUUAAUUGUAGUUAGGAGUUCUGUUAUGUAAUCACUAAUUAUAAUUGUGCAACAUCUGCACCAGCUCGACAGAGUGUACCUCAAAUCGGCCAGAAUGGUGCUUUUGGAAUGUUUGUUGCUUAUGAACUGGUCUGUAUAUAUCAUGAAUUCAUAAUCAUAAUCAUGUAAAUAUAAUGUAUAUUCAUAUUCAGGCUUUUACUUUUA